ACACCGGAACCGAAACACCAGUCAGCGCUGCCGGAUAUAACUUGAGUCUUUUAAGCGAAGCCAUGAACGUGAUGGACGGAAAGUGAUAGAUGGUGUACCACGAGCUUGGUUCGUCGGUCAUGGACGGCACCCUGUUCAGCUGAUUCUGCUUCGCACAUUCUGUCGAUUUUGCGGAACAGUGUCGCACAAAGCUCGUUUGGAAUGGUGUCCAAUAACAAAGUGAGGCUCCACUAAGAGCAUUAUUUGUGCGCACUAUUGAGCGUAACCUUAUUAAGUUAUUCAUUUGUUUUUGUUAUCACUUUUCUCUCAGAACUUUCGGUAUUACAAACUUGAAUCUCCUCUGAUAAAAACAAAUCAGCUGAAGAUCUCACGAUACAUGCCGCAAACGACGUACUAGAAUUACGUGAGGAGAGAAGAAGUGUCAAAAACAGGGUUUGACAAUUGAUUCAAUAACACGUGAGUUUGUUUUCAACUCGUGUGUUGAGACUUCAAAUUCAAACGAAUGUGGUAAGAUUUGUUAGUGGCGGUAUAGAUUCAUUUUCCCUUGUUAAGAAUUGCUGUUAUGAUUAAAAGAUUAAACGGGUUGAGAGUGAGCAAUUUGUAGAAAUAAAUCGUUAUAUGUACACAAGUUGAAAAUAUGAGUUCCAAAAUUAAACUAAAAGAAGUGUACGAUGUUCAGAACGAGUAUAAGGCAUUCUACACUGGCGGUACGGUCCAAUGGAGCUCCGAUGGUGAGGAGAUUUUCUGUCAAAACAACGGCACUAUCAACCUCAUCUCCGUAGGAGAUAAAGCAGCACAACCGGUAAGCUUUGGCAGCAGCGAGUCCGAGAAAAGCGAUGAAAUCAGCGAAGAUAUUGUGUACACUUUUGCGUUGAGCAAGAAUGGCGAAAACAUCGUGUCCGCCCAUCGUUCGGGUUUACUUAAGCUUUGGGAUAAAACCAGCAUCAAGUUGAGUAAAACGUGGAGAGGACUACAUUCGGGGCCGAUAACGAAAUUGGCGUUCAGUGGUGACGAUCAACUGAUCGCUAGUGGUGGUACCGAUGCUACCGUUCGUGUGUGGGAUCCCGAGGCACAAGUCUGUAAAGGGACACUCAGAGGCUGUCAGGGUGUAAUUAACCUGAUCGUAUUCCACCCGGAUACCGAGAGUAGGGUUCUUCUGGCUGCCGGAGAUGAUGUGAAAAUAAAUGCAUGGAAUUUCGAGACGAGAGAGCACAUCAAAACAUUCGAAGGGCACUUUUCGAAGGUUACAGCGGUUUCAUUUUCCAACGAUCGGAAGUUUUUAGUAUCGUCUGGCAGAGAUAAAAUAUUAAUCUUGUGGAACUACGAAACGCAAGCAGCAGUCAAAACAAUCCCAGUUUACGAAUGUUUAGAGAGUGUUUUUGUUCUGCCAAAUAAGAUAAUGGUAGGAGGGCAGAAACUCGCUUCUGCUAAGAUCUACGCUGCCUGUGCCGGUGAAGAAGGCAUUAUUAAGGUGUGGGAAAUGACGGAAACUAGGAUAGUCUUUAAACAAGUUAACAGUUUAAUAACAAGAUCCACGGAGGAAGGAGGACUGGCCAUCACGGAUAUGCUGUUCAAUGAAACAGUUGGCCAAAUUGCAGUGAUAAGCGCCGAUCACAAUAUAUUCAUACACGAUUUGGCAACGUUCGAAUGUUUGAGACAGCUGUCCGGAUUCAGCGAUGAAAUACUUGACUUAAUUCUGUUCGGGAAGAAAAAUCGUUUUCUCGGAAUGGCUACCAACAGCAGUGAUUUUAAAGUUUACGAUACAACGACAAUGAAUUGUCAGCUGGUAAAAGGUCACACGGAUAUCGUGCUUUCGUUAUCGGCAAACAACUUCUUCAUCCUAUCAUCUUCGAAGGAUAAUUCUAUCAGAUUGUGGCGUUACAACGAAGAGCAAAUUUUGAUACAAUGUGUUGCGAUUGGUCUGAAACAUACGAAUGCGGUUGGUAGUGUUGUCUUGAGUAAGGUAUCCGGCAAAUUUUGCGCUAGUGUGAGUCAAGACAAAUGUUUGAAGGUCUGGAAGAUUCCUAAGGAAUUUGAACAAACCACAAAUGAUAAAGAUCUGACUCGGUUGAAUUGCACAUUGACAGCGCUGGCGCACGACAAGGACAUCAACUCUGUGUGCAUAUCACCAAACGAUUGUCUUAUCGCGACCGGUUCGCAGGAUAAAAUUGCCAAAUUAUGGGAUGCCCGCAAUUUAAGUUUAGUUGGAGUUUUUCGUGGACACCGCCGAGGUAUUUGGGCCGUCAGAUUCUCUCCGGUAGACCAGAUUCUCCUCACUAACGCAGCCGACUGUUGUAUUAAAUUGUGGUCCCUCACAGAUAUGACCUGUCUUAAAUCCUUCGAAGGACAUGAGAGUUCAGUUCUUAGGGCGGAGUUCAUCUCCAAUGGAAUGCAGCUUCUGUCCGCUGGCGCGGAUGGACUCAUAAAGCUGUGGUCUAUCAAAACAUCGGAAUGUAUCCAAACAAUGGACAAACACGAGGAUCGCAUUUGGGCACUAUGCGUUACGAUGGAUGAAUCUGUAUUCUAUAGUGGUGGUACCGAUUCGAUACUGAUAAAAUGGAAAGACAUCACCGAGGAGAAACGAGAACGGGAAUUGAGUGAACAUAAAAAUAUGGUCCUCCAGGAACAGGAAUUAAACAAUCUUUUGAACGACAAAAAACUUCUGAAGGCACUUCGUCUAUCUCUGAAUUUGGAUCGACCGCUGAUGACCCUGAAAAUUAUAACAGCUGUCAUAAAAACCCAAGAACAAGGCUUACAAGGUACGAUUCAGAAGCUUGGUAAUGAUCACAAGGAGACUUUACUGAAACACGCAGCUGAGUGGAAUACAAACAGUAAAAAUUGUCGCCCUGCACAACUAGUUCUAAACAUUCUGCUUCAGGAAAUGCUGUCCGGUAAAUUCCACGUUUCGGAAUUGAACAAACAUCUCGAAGCGGUUUUGCCAUAUACCGAACGGCACUUCAAACGAAUGACCGAGUAUGCGAAGGACCUUAAAUUUAUCGAGUACACAUUGCAGUGUAUGCAACCACACGCUGUCCGGAGAGCUAAUAAAAAUCAGACUACCUAGUCUCCAACAUCCAGUUGAUAUAA